CAUCCAAAAUCUGUCAUUAAAUAUUUUCAACCUCCGGUUUAAUUUCUUCGGCCCCAAGCGUCUCACAAACUAUAAGUUGAAUAUUUAAUUCAAGAUUAAGACCGAUCGUUUCAAACCCUAGAAACGCAAUCGAAUUUUCUCCCCCUCUCUCUCUAUAUCCUUAUUGCAAUAACCUAACCUCUGUGUUUGUGAUCUGGGCAUUAGGAUCAGGGUUCCGCGUAAUUUGAAGAGGAGAGAACAUGGACGAUUGUUGUGCUGUUUGCGCUGAGCCCUUGGAAUGGGUUGCUUACGGACCCUGUUUGCACCGCGAGGUGUGCUCCACGUGCGUUGCACGCCUCCGUUUCAUAUUCGACGAUCGCCGUUGCUGCAUCUGCAAGACCGAAUGCAACCUCAUAUUCGUUACCAAGGCUCUAGGAGAUUAUACAAGGAUGAUUAAUGACUUUUCGGCCCUGCCCCUUGAGGUAAGGGAGGGCAAGGUUGGAUCAUACUGGUACCACGAGGAUACAAAUGCAUUUUUCGAUGAUGUGGACCAUUACAAGAUGAUCAAGGCUAUGUGCAGGCUUUCAUGCACUGUGUGUGACAAGAUGGAGGAGCAACCACAUGAUGCUUCAAGGCGACGAGCGAGGUUUAGGAAUAUUGGACAGCUGAAGGGUCACUUAUUCCACCGUCAUAAGUUGCAAAUGUGCAGUUUGUGUUUGGAGGGAAGGAAGGUAUUUAUAUGUGAGCAAAAACUAUAUACUAGAGCACAGCUGAAUCAACACAUAAGCACAGGUGAUUCUGAGGUAGAUGGAACUGAGAGUGAGAGAGGUGGUUUUAUGGGGCAUCCCAUGUGUGAAUUCUGCAGAACCCCAUUUUAUGGGGACAAUGAACUAUACACGCAUAUGUCUACAGAACAUUAUACUUGUCAUAUAUGCCAAAGGCAGCAUCCGGGACAAUAUGAAUACUAUAAGAAUUAUGAUGAUCUCGAGAUCCAUUUCCGUCAAGAGCACUUCUUAUGUGAAGAUGAGGCUUGCCUUGCCAAGAAAUUUAUUGUUUUUCAAUCUGAAGCAGAGAUGAAGAGGCAUAAUGCUACCGAACAUGGAGGGCGAAUGUCACGGUCAAAGCGUAAUGCUGCUCUUCAGAUACCAACUAGCUUUCGAUACAGACAUGGUAAUGAACAGGACCAGCGCCGUGGAAGAAGUCGUACUUUUCGUCGUGAUUUUUCUGAAAAUCAGCUUUCUAUGGCCAUUGAAGCCAGUUUGGAGACAGCUAAUGCAGAGCAAACAUUUCAUGAUCCGUUGACAUCAAGUAGUGGACAAGUUGCUUUUGAUGAUGAGAAUGCUGAUAUUGAUUCUAUCAUUCAGCCAUUUGAAUCGUUAGCUACAGCAGGUUCUGAAUCAUCUUCAAGAUACCUUCAAGCCUUAGGGCAUAGCUCUAAUAGUGCACCUCUGGAAGAUUCUUCCUUUCCUCCGCUGCCCAUAACUUCCAGCAAUGGCCAGCAAAGGUCCAAACAUGAGUUGGAAGGUUCAUCUAGUAACACUAUGGCAGCACGUUUGCGCCGGCAUGGCAAAAAAAAUGUAUCUGUUAUUAAUUCUGGUAAUGCCUGGCCAGCAGCUGGUCGUGGACUGCUUCAAUCAUCAAGUAAUCCUUCACAAUCUAAACCAUCCACAAAUAUUGCUCUUGGAGUGUCUCGAAAUUCUGGUCAGAUGAAGACGGUAAUUAGUGGUGGGCUUUCGCAGUCAACUUAUGCUAGUUCUAUUCAGGCUACACAUAGAACCACUCAUGGACAAUUACCUGCUGGUUCCUUGAGGGACACACGGGACAAUGAUAGAAUCGUUCACUCUACAUCUGCUCCAAAUCUCACUGUGAACAACCAUGUUGAAGUUUCAAUUGCUGAUUUCCCUCCAGUUUCUGCUGCACAAGUGAGUAGGUUACCUACGAGCAGCCAGUCUUUGUUGAAUGUGGAGAAUGUCCAGUCUGCUAACAAGUCCUUGGUUGAGAAGAUUCGUGGUGCUCUUGAUUUUGAUGAAGAAAGGUAUUCUUUAUUUAAAGACAUAUCUGCUCAAUAUCGCCAAGGCACAAUAGAUACAGAUACAUAUCUUGACUAUGUGCAGCAGUUUGGCUUGUCUCAUAUUGUACUUGAGUUAGCAAGACUAUGCCCGGACCCUCGGAAGCAGAAAGAGCUUGUUGAGUCUUACAAUGCUAGUUUGAAAAGAAAUAGUUUAAAAGAGAAUGAUUGGGUUCGGAGUAGCACUAGCACCGAUCGCAAAGACAGUAAUGUCAACAAGAAAGGUAAAGGUAAGUCUGUAAGUGGUAGUGGGAGUGACUCCACAGAGAGAUUAGCAGAUAGCUUUUUAAGCAAAGUACAUCAACUCCAGUCAAGUUAUAAACCUCCAGAAGAGAAGUUGGAGGUGCUAUCGAGGGGUGAUUACCGCACUGACAAAGGCAAAUUAAACAUCGAGCGGCAGUUUGAAACAAACUCCGGUACUCAACCUAUGAUGAAGCUUAGCAGGCAGACAGAGACAUCAAAUGGAAGUUUAUCUAAUCAAAGUAGAGAGGAUGGUGGUGGCAGCAAGCAACGCAAGAAAACCUCCAAGUUCAUCAGAGUGCGCCUAGGUGAUGGUUCUGUUUCGGCCCUUCUAGAUUUUGAAAAUUCACGCACCGAAUCAGAUCCUGGAACAACAGACAGUUUAGAAGGUAACAAGGAUUCUGGAGAAGGGCUGCCUGUGCGAGGUGUUUGGCGAAGUGGGGGAGGUCAUAAACUCUUUUCCUAAUUCAGCUUCCCUGGGCUUUGAAAUGGCUGGCCGCGAAAACCAUAGUUGAACAGAAAGAAUUUGAUACUAUAGUUGAAUAAACAGAAAGAACUCGAUUUUAGCUUAGGGAGUGAUGAUUUCGGUGUCCAUUGUCCAAUUUGAGUUAGAUUUCAAGAAUAGAAAGCUGGGAUAUGAAUUUUGUUGUCGGGUUGAAGACCAAGUGCCCGUUACUUGAAAGGGCUCAUUUUGUUUGGUUUAAGGUAUAUUUUGAUCAGGUGUUAAUAUGAAAGGGUGGUGCCAUGUUAAAUGUUUGCUUUGUAUGCAAGUGGCGCUGUUUCUUUCCUGGCAAUUUGCAGUCUCGUCCAUUUGUAGCAAUUGUAUUCCCUUCUGCUACUACACUAGAGUCUAGACAUUAUAAUCCAUGUCGGUUGUUUUUGGGUGUCCGGAUAUGCUUACGUAAAUC